CCAGACAGACAGAACUUUCAAAGUGAGAGAGUUGACUGCAAAACCAAGGGGUCCUUUGGCAAGCUAUCUAUCUCUAUACAAGUUGGAUUUUAGCUGACAUCCAAUAGAGGAGUUUGGACAGAAAUGCCCAGGAGAGAUAAUCGUAGUGAUGCAGAGCUGAGGGUCGUGGUGAUCGGCAGCAGUGGCCACUCGCAGUUCUCCCUCACCAACUUCAUCCUGUGCAGGGAGGAGUUCGCCAGGGAGGUCAGCAGCAGCGCCGCAAGCUGCAAGAACCUGGGCCAGCUGGCAGGCCAGAGGUUGGCGCUGGUCAACGGGCCCAACCUCUACGAGGAAGACCUGUCCAAGGCCAAGAUGAAGGAGGAGCUGUGGCGGGUAAAGUGCCUCUCGGCCCCAGGGCCCCACGCCUUCCUCCUGGCUUUCGACUUGGACAGGAUCAGCCCCAACGACGUCAAGACCCCCAAGCUGGUGGCCCAGCACUUUGGCCAGAAGUCCCUGGACUACUGUAUGGUCCUGUUGGCCUACGAGGGCAACGAGGACAUCACCCGGCUGCACGAGAGGGUGAUGCGCAUCGACCUGCACAUGGCUGAGCUGCUGGAGCACUGCGGCUUCCGCUACCACAUCGUCUACACCAAGAGGCAGCUCGCUAGCCAUGAGCGCCGAGGGCAGGAGCGAGAGCUGCUGCGUAAGGUGGAGAGGAUGCUAUCCAUGCAGGGGGGGCACCACUACACCAGCCAGGACUACCAGCGGGCCGAGGAGAGCGUGCGCAAGGAGGAGAGGCGGCUGCAGAAGAAGAGGCAGCCGGAGACGGAGCGGGCCUGGGCCGAGUUCCAGACACAGUACAAGGGCGAAGAGCUGCGCUGGAAGAUGGACAGCUACAACGCCAGCGUCAGGGCUGAGCUCCGGGUCAAGGCAGAGAUGGACAACGGCUUGCUGAGGAAGACGCUGGCCUGGGGGGUCGGGGUGGGGGUCCUGCUAGGGGCCGUCAUGGGGAUGGUGAUUGGGUCGGUGGAGGGUCCGGGGGGGCUGGCCGUCGGUGGGACGAUGGGGGCCGCGAUGGGAGGGGCCACAGGUGGAGCUGUGCAGGUGGCCAUUAAACACCUGGAGGAAAGAGUGGGGCCACGCCCGGGCAACUUUGACCCUGUGUUCAUCAAUCGCUUCUUCCGUGCUCCACGAUUCUCAAUUCGACGUUAGGCCAGUCUGUCUCCAAAACAAUCUGUUCUGGACAAACUUGACUGAAAGCUUAUCAAAGCAUACCACAGCAAAGCCAAAACCUUGUGACUAGUCCCUUUUGUGGCUAGUCCCUUUUGUGCCCUUUUCAUUAAUAUGAAUAGACUUUUGCAUUUUUUACCUCUUCAUGAUGUCUCUCCAUAUUGACAGAAAUAACAAAGUAGGACAAAAAAGUAUGUCUAUCCUGCACAUCAUUAGUAGCUUGUAGUUGUCUCUAUCUGGAAAUCUCAGUUCUUGUUUUUUUGUUUUUGUUUUGUUGUUGCUUAAGUGCACUUCUUAUUCUGUUUGUGUUGUGCCAUUUGAAAUACAUGCACACAUGACGAUUUCCCCUUUGAUAUAUUGGCUUUUAACAUUUAGAAAUGCCAAUGCUAUCAGGUCAAGGCACACUGAAGCAUACAGAUACUGAGGAAAAGUGAAAGUGAAAAAAAGACAUUUUAAUCUGUAUGCAGAGUGUGCCUUGGCUGAAACCGAUACGGAGAAUACUUCGAAACAAAUGAAAUGCUAUGAAUAACAAUUUGCCUUUCUGUUUCUAUGUUAGACUACAGUACCUUUCAUAAAUAUACAGAACAUUAAUUGCCACUGGCAAUUCACAAAUUGGAUGGCAAACAGCCCAGUUACGCAAUACACUAGUUUUCAUGUUCACAAAAAGUCAAUUCAUUAAAGGUGACCCUGUCUGCCUGUCUGUGACUCACAUAUUGACUGAGUGAGCAGCACUGAUUUGUUUUUGAAUGAAUGAAUAACGGCACAUUGAAUUUUGCAUUUAACUAUUGCUGCCCUGAGCAUUUCUGAAAAAAAGAUUCAUACCAUUUCCUAGUAACAUUACGAAUAUUCCUGUUGAUUUUCAAUAUGUUGAAUACAAUAAAAUAUA